AUGGUUUUGCCCCCGGAUGGUGGAACUGACGUCAGUUUUGGGGGUUACGGCACGCGGAAUAGAAGCAAUUUGUCUCGUAAACGAUUGAGCGCACCCAGGGCUAUUGCAAUUACAGUGUCUACCUUGAAGGGGCUUUUUCCGAGGGGCGCCGAUUUCGAAGCAUUAUCAAUGAACGUGUGCGCUUUCAUACAGCUAGAGAGGGAUUGCAUGAGAAGCUGUCUUUCCAGGGCGUACGCAGCAGAGCUUGGCGCAGGCGAUGUUUCAUGUAUAGGGGAAUCAAAUUCUUUGUUUUCGGGUGAUCCAGAAAAGUUUGCCGUCGAGGUGCCUUGUUGGAUGCUAACUGAAGCGGAUUUAUCUCAGUCAUUAUCACCAUCUGCGCCUGUUCGCGCUGCAGUGCUGCUUGCGUGUAGAGCAGAAGAGGAAGAGGCCGAAAAAAGGUAUUUGCUUCCAAGCUCGAGCUUGUCCGACCUCCUUAUUGUUGCUAGAGCACACUCACGAAAUGAUGUUUCUGCUGCUCUGGCGUUUAUUGAUGCCUCGGUUGCUUCUUGCAAAGGAGACGAUGCCUUACUAGAUGCAAGGGCUACACCGGCACUCGCAAACGACACACUUGGCAGCCUGCCUGCUCCCACCUGCCCUCAUGCUACAUCUCCACUUCAAAGAAGCGUUUCUGUGGCUGCUAGGGUAUGGAGCGCUGCGAAAGCCACAGCAACCGCUGUUGCGUCAGCAACUGCCUCAACAGUUGCAGCAACUGACUUCUCCGUGUUUUUGGAGGCCGCAAGAGUGCCGCUGCUUGCAGCAGUAGGCUACAUGAAUUUGAAGAGCUCCAAUAGAGACCCGAUCUGUUCGACAAAGGAGAGACUGCGGGAGGCUAUCGCGUUAAUAAUAGGCGACAAAGCUGUAGAAUCAGGCAGUGUAGCGGGAGCACUGAACGCAAGCGCGAAUGGCAGUCGUGCUAUUCUGGGGACUGGAGAGGCUGAUGAGGGGAGAAAGGCGGAUCAUGAGCACGAUCACAUAUUCAUGCCUCUCGCACCUCGGUGGGUUUGUUCUCCAAGCAAUGAACGAUGCGGCGAGCAGAACGGGAUUUCUGCAAUUGCAGAUCCUUUUUCCAUACUGCAGGGUAGCGGACCAGAGGGUGCUGAUUGCCGCGCUGCUGGAGGCAAAUUGUUGCAGACGUACCACCCCCCACGCAUGGAUAUUGGAGAAGAGAGCUCCCUGUCCGCGACGAAAAUUUUGGGGGGAUCGACUGGUCCUUUAGGCGUGCUUCCAGAAGGCGCUGAGGGGCUAGGUCAAGCUGGAGUUCAUGCGGAUGGCACUUCUUAUACGGCACAUGAUAUGGCCUUAGGAGGCCUUCAUAAAAGGGAGAACACGGUCUCAAGUGGUAAAAAUACAAACUUUUUAUCAGAGAUAGGCCAGACCAGUGGUUGUGGAAACAUUUUAGAGGCUUCAGACAGCCACACAGAGUGCGGCAAGAGCGACGCAUUGCGCAUUCACUCGCUGCAUCUGCUGGAGGCGCGUGCGGCGUGCGCAGCGGAGCGUUUUCCCCUUAGUGAAGCAACGGUCCAAUUACCGAAUGCUCGGUCUUCGCCGGUACAGCAGAAUCAGAAUAAAGUGGGGGAAGACACGGGUGUGGCAGUUUUUACUAGGCAAGGAAUGCAUCUGGAAUUGCGUGAAGGAGACGCAGCACAGGUAAGCUCGGAGGUAGCCACAGCAGCACAAUACGUCACUCAGCAGCCGAGACAGACUGUAUGGUCUUCCUUUCAGUGCGCACUAUCAGCGGCCUCACGCCGAUCGAUUAAGGCAGUACAGCGGGCAGCAGGCGCAGCAUAUACUGCAGUUGUGGGAGCCGACACGAAAAUGGAUGCCCUGCUUGCUCCUUUCUUUGGAGCAUGCGGGGCCUCGAAAAGGCGUAUUUCAGCAGACGCCGGUGACCAUGUAGCACUAGAGGCAGCUUCACAGCAGCAGCCAGAGGACGGUGGAAGCACCCAUGUCAGGCUCUUGGGAAAGCUGAAUCCUCAUUUCGUUGCAGGGCAUCUGAGAAACCGAAGUGCCAACCUGGUACACCACUCUGUAGCGCUGAUUUCCUCCCCUUCAAUCUCUGAGGCGCGAUACCACGUUGCGGAACUUGUUAACACUGGUGGUCCGGAGGUCAGCGGGCUAUGGGCAGGAAUCAAGGUGGGGCUCGGUAUCGCAGCGCUUGCCUCGGGUCACCUACUCAUGGGAGGAGCCAUGGUAGCUGCGGCUACGGGCUCCCUAGGCACCGCCUUGUUUUGGGGUUGGCACCGCCAGGAAGUUUAUGACAUGAUGCGUGGAGAUUUUGCGGGGCGUGCCGACCAGGAGCCACAAGAAUCUUAG